CCGCAGUUUCCACGGAAAAAUUUUCAAGCUGCCUGAGAUGGAAUUACUGUAAUUACAAACGUCGAAGCAUAGACAAAUCGAUACUCACUGUCAUCUGCAACGCACUGCUGGUCCUUAUGAUGACAGGACGAUCGCGAGUACCACAUGAGCCUCCUACAGCACCUCUGAAUGAUUAUGAGCGCCAGCGUGAGGAGAGGAUCAAACGCAACAACGCUAUCCUGGAACAGCUGGGAGUGCACACUGCAGCCCAGGCAGUGGCAGCGAGCCACGGCAGGAGGCUUCCUCAGCGGCACAAGCGCAAGGUGGCUGCCAAGGGCGCUGUGCGAAAGUGCACUCGACUGCGCAGAGACACUCAGCCAGCGCCGCAGACAGAGAGUCUGAAAGCCCUGGACUCAGAGCACAAUGAGCUGAUGAUUCUGAGGGAAUAUUUCAAAUGGAAAGGGGAGGUGGUCACGGGCUUUGUUGUUGAUGGGCAUUAUCAUGGGUGGGUGUCCCCCGCCGUCUGCAAGAAGUAUGGCAUUGUGGAAUCGGAGGAGGAGGCAUUCGCAAGUGCAGGAGGCUCCAAAGCUGGCGCAAAGGGUGCCAAGUCAGGCAAGAUGCAUGGCUGGAGCAAUGCGCGCGCGUUCUCUGCCACGCAGCUGAGGACCAACCCAAACGCAUACUUCUACCGGCAUGUGGAACCUGACGAGGAACAGCAGGCGCAGGGUGACUGGACAGAGGAGGAGCAUGAGCUGUUCCUGGAGACUGCCAGAGCGCACGGCGUGGGCGACAAGUGGGGCCUGUUUGCCUCGCACAUCCCAGCGCGGGUGGGGUACCAAUGCAGCGCAUAUUACAGAGACACCAUCAUUCCCAGGGGCCUCAUCAUUGACCAGCGGUUCAGAAUGACCCAGGCCGGCAAGGCUGUGUUUGUGGGCUGA